ACCGCUCGACCAUCGAUUAGUUCUGUCUGGGUCCGGUGCGCGCGUCUGCUCACGGAGUCUGAGAAGCAGUUCGAUAAAAAGAAAAAAGAAACAAAACUCCAACAGACAGGAGCCAUGUUGCCGUUACCAGGUUGUUUUUGAAACUUAGAAGCUACAAACUCCAGCAACGUCGAUGCUUUGCGGUUGUUAUUAGCUCGUCGGUUAGCCUGGCUAACCCUUUUAGCCGCCAGAAGCUGGUCGGUUACUAGCUAACAGGUUCGGUUUCGGGUUAGCUUAACGGCAAAAUAGCCGCUCAGUUAUUUGGCUUGGGAGCUUUAAACGGGAGCAGACAUGCAGGAGAUACUGGCCAACGUGGACCACAUCAAGUUUGACCUGGAGUUCGCUGUGGAGCAGCAGUUAGGGGCGCAGCCUUUGCCUUUCCCUGGCAUGGACAAGUCCGGGUCGGCUGUGUGUGAGUUCUUCGUGAGAGGAGCCUGUAUGAAAGGCGGGAUGUGUCCGUUCCGUCACAUCAGCGGAGAGAAGACGGUGGUGUGUAAACACUGGCUUAGAGGCCUGUGCAAGAAGGGAGACCAGUGCGAGUUUCUCCACGAAUACGACAUGACCAAGAUGCCUGAAUGCUACUUCUACUCAAAAUUCGGGGAGUGUAGCAACAAGGAAUGCCCCUUCCUGCACAUUGACCCAGAGUCAAAGAUCAAAGACUGUCCGUGGUACGACCGAGGCUUCUGUAAACACGGUCCUGACUGCCGGCACAGACACACAAGAAGGGUGAUCUGUGUGAACUACCUGGUGGGCUUCUGUCCUGAAGGGAAAUCCUGUAAAUUUAUGCACCCUCGGUUUGAACUGCCAAUGGGAACUUCUGAGCAGCCUCCUCUGCCACAGCAGGCACAGAACCAGACCAAGGCGGCGUCCACCAUCAACCGCUCAUCGCUCUCUCUCAUCCAGCUGACCAACACCAGUCCCAUCCAGCGGCUGCAGAACAACACAAAUUCUGGCAUUCAGCAGAACAACAUGUCCGUCAACAGAGGGCCUCGUCCCCUGGACCAGGUCACCUGCUACAAGUGUGGAGAGAAGGGCCACUAUGCCAACAAAUGUAACAAAGGCCACCUAGCGUUCCUGAGUGGACAGUAGCCUUCUGCCUCGAGGUCUAAACAAUAUGGCUACCAGCUGCCCUGGAUGUUACAGAAGCUGAAGACGGGAGGCCUCUGUUCUCCACAGCCCAAAGACUUCCAGCUUUUUAGCAGAGCUGCUCCUGGGCGUGCGGAAAACUCAGCGUUCACUGCCACAUGCAAAAAUGUGAACGUCUAUGAAAGACUCAAGGACAGAAGAUUUGUGUUGCAGGAGGUGAAAGGGCUGAUGUGCAGGAUUCAGCUUUUGUUUCUCUGCUGGACAAACGACUUGUAGGACAGAGGAUUGAAACAAACCCAGGCGGUCCCCUUAACAGCAUCAGCAUCGUUUUGACUGUACGUCUCAGGCUGUGUGACAGCACCACUACUCUGCUGCCCUGUCUGCAAAGUAACACGAACAAUGGCUGCAGAAACUUUAAAGUUACCCAAAACCCCAAUCUCAGAUGCAGGUGAGAAACAUCCUGAAGCUCUUUGUGGAGGUCUCCUAUCGCCCUGCAUCAAGUCUCAGCAGGACGGAUCAGCUGGGGUUCUCUUCACAGCCAACCGAUUCAGUCUGGAUUUACUGUCUUUACCAAUAAACGGCAUUUUUGUCAAA